GAAAAGUUGCACCCAGGUACUUGCUCACCUCACCUCACCGAACCAUCUAGUCGUCCAGCUAUACCAGGUACUACUAGCUGGUAGGCGUUGCCCGAGUCGAUACGUCAGGCCCGUCACCAUACAGCCUUCGCUCGACCUCUAUUGAACAGGCGAUACUCCUCUCCUGUCACCCCGACGGCCAUUCGUCGUUGGGUCAGCAAUGUCCAGAGAUCGUUCGGGGUCUAAUCAAUCGAAACACAAGCUCUCACUCUCCUCUGGAAGCUCGGUCGGCCAGCAUCAGCGAGGCAAGAAGUCGGUCUCGUCCGCACAUGGCUCCAACCCUUCCGGUCAUAGGCAGACAGAGUCGGUGAUAUCGGGUUCCACGGUGGUCAGCCGGAAGAAAGUGACGACGGUACCUCCCUUUGCACGCCAUGAUCCUCCUUCACCCCCAACCUCUCCCCGGCUACAACCAACAUCGCCGACGGGCCCUAGCCACAACCCAGGAUUAUCGAUAACAUCCCUCGAACCCACAAUAAGCAACUCUUCCUUUGAUCCAUCACGUUCCCAGAGCCCAUAUGGUGGAUCUUUCGAGGCGGACGACCCCAACGUCCCAGCGUCAUGGUGGACGUUUGCUAUCCCUGGCCGGUACAAGGCUUUCCACGGGUUGCAAGCGGCUUGGCAUGAGACCGUACAGGCCAACGACCGGUUGAGGGCCGAAUCGGAGCAUCUGGGCAAGGAUUAUUUUGCCAAUAAACGGAGGAGGUCGAGUGCGGACACAGAGGCGCAGUCUGUUCGAGCAAGGCGAAGGUUGAGCACGAUCGCAGGAGAGGAUGGGGAUGCCUACGAGAUGGACGGCACGAUGACGCCUGGCAGGCUAGAGAUGGGGGUCAAUAACAAGGAGAAACGGAUGAGGUUCAAUACGCUCUCUCUGCCUGGCUCCCGGAGAGCUUCGACCGACAACAUAGGGCGACCCGGCACGCAGACACAUGAUCGGGCGUUCACGCUAGGACCCCCUAUCAAGGGAUCUCUCCUAUCGAGCGGGAAAAAGUACUCUUUCCUCCCAAGUAGAGCCCCGAACAGGUCCAAGUCGACCCCGACAUCACUGCACGACGACAUGCCCAACCCACUGAACGGUCCGAUCAUCGAAGGUGUCGCCGCGUCUGCUUCCCCUGUCGAUACCGAGAUGCCAGUCCCCAGGACACCAGAAAGGCCGACAUUAAACAUAGCCAUUCCUCCGCCGAUAUUUGCCGCGGGACCUCCUGGAUUCGGUUACCGACCGCCUUUCCAAGCUCUUUCUCCCCCAACCCCGGACGCUUGGGAUAGGCCGUACAGCGAUUAUCACGGUAGCCCUGCUCAAGCAUCCCGCACCGCUCAGAAAGGCAGUACCGCGGGUGCUGCUCACCCACCUCCUAGUCCCUGGAGCCAGCCCUACCAGUCCGCCGAUUAUGGCUUCCGAGGACAUGGACCUGACGAUAACGAACCUACCUUUUCUGGGGAUACGCUCGUCAAUAGCCGAGAGCGAGACGAUUAUCGUUACCGGGAAAAAGAUGGCAAGUGGCACAACCGCCGGAAGAAGAUGAAGGGCAAGGCGGCGCAGGCUACCGGAUGGAGCGCUUUGAGACGAAAGUUGAUCGAAGAAGGUUCCGGAGGCACGUUGAGGCAGAGAGCGAGAAAGUUCUUGAUCUUCGACGCGAGGAGUGCACUCUAUAUGCGUCUGUUCGGCAGUGCAUGCGUCAUCAUCGCUUUGGUCCUCUCCAUCCUCAACUAUCGCUUCGAACAGAGGAUCGGUACCGCGGGCAUCGUCGGCUCGUCUCCUCUUUUGACUAUCGGUUAUGCUUCGAUCACAAUCGUGCACCAGAUCGUAGCGUUGUGGCGCGAGUCUUUUGGUCGUCCUAUCGGACUGUGGGGACUGAGAAGCAAAAUCGUCUGGGUCUGCGGUGAUCUGUUCUUCAUUGCCCUCUGGUCAUCUGAUUUGUCUCUCACCAUCUCAGACUACAUGUCCACACCCCUCCUGUGCACUUCAUCUUCACCUUGGUGGUCAAGUAUACCUCAAUUCGAACUCCCUACCAGCGUGACGACUUCGCGAGACACGGACGACGUCUGCAAGCGUCAAGCUGUGCUGGUCGCUUUCGUCCUCCUCACUACGGUCAGCUACGUUGCCAACAUGGUCUUGAGCCUCUUCCGAAUUAUGGAGAGGAUUCGGGUCGUGGCCAAGCAAGCUGAACGGACAGGGCCCCCGAAUUUCGAACACUGACGAAUUGCGUCUGCAACAACCCACGACAUAUACCCCUAUACCCAUUACUUGUAUCCUUUCGGCUUCGCAUAUUCGCUCAAUCUCGGCAACUCCGAUGUACGACAGACAUUCUUGGUUGUAUAUACGAGGGCAACACCUGCUAUUCAUGCUGUAAUGUCAGGUAAUAAGUAUUCAAGCCCAUAUGAACGGCCC